AUGGCUCCAAUUUUAUUUGGUACACCUCCUCACCAAGUCGCCUCGAACGCGGAGCUUACACCGUUCAUUAUCGAUGUUCCAGACGCCGAGAUCAACAGAUUGCAGAUACUACUGGAAAACUCACCAAUCGCACCUCCCAAUCGAGCAAACUCUCGCGAAGAUGGAUCCCUUGGCAUUCCAAGGAAAUCGCUUGUAGCAUUGAUAGAGUCUUGGAAGGGUUAUGACUGGAGGAAGUGGGAAUCAACACUCAACUCAUUUCCACAGUACAAGAUCACCAUCGCUGAUGAUGACUCGAGACGUUACCAAAUCCACUUCUUCGCUCUGUUCUCUUCGAAUCCAGCAGCAGUUCCUAUACUGUUACUCCACGGCUGGCCUGGCUCCGUCGUCGAGUUUUUGCCAUUGCUCCUCAGUUUACGUUCUCGAUAUGCUAAUUCCGGACCAGCAUCCUUGCCUUAUCAUCUCAUAAUACCACAUUAUAUUGGGUACGGUUUCUCUGAUCCGCCACCUAUUGAUAAGGACUUCACGCACGUUGACAAUGCCCGUCUGAUGUCAAAGAUGAUGCACACCCUGGGAUUUGCUGAGUCUGGCUAUGUUGUCCAAGGCGGAGAUCUAGGGUCAGCAACAGCACUAGUUGUUGCAAGUAAUGAUCCGGCCUGCAAGUUGGUCCACGUCAAUCUUUUAAAUAUACCACCUCCACCUGGUCUGGAUGUUGAAGCGGACAUCAAAGCGGGCAGGUAUACACCUGAUGAGACACAAUCUCUCAUUGACACGAUGGAUUUUCUCAAAAGGAAAGCUGCCUUUAUUCAAUUCGAUGGCACGCGGCCGGCCUUGGCGGGCUUCUUGGUUGCUUGCAGCCCUGUGGGAUUACUAGCCUGGAUUGGCGAGAAGAUGAUUACCUGGACGGAUGAGACGCCUGAUAUAGAGUUGAUCCUAACCAACGUGGCUCUGUACUGGUUCUCAGAAUGUUACCCGACAACUAUAUUUCAUCACCAGCUAGUCGUCGAUGACCCUGGACCCCUCACACAGGGCUGGAAGGGAGUCAAUGUGCCGCUGGGAUAUUCUUGGUUCAAGAAGGAGCUGGUAAAUCCGCCAAAGGCGUGGAUUGACCAUGCGGGUAAAGUAAGCUGGUAUCGCACACAUGACAAGGGAGGCCAUUUUGCUGCUCUAGAGCUUCCUGAUGUAUUCUGGAAGGACGUUGAAGAUUUUGUGAAUGAAUUCUGGAGAAAGCAUGAUCACUAA